UUAAACCUUAUUUAAGAAAUAAAAUGAGGAGUACUUCUAACUUGAGGCAGAAUAGGCCUUCAACAAGUUUAGUUAAGCGCAGUAGGAAGAGUAGUUCCAUGAACUCUCUUUCUAAAAAACCUCCACGAGGGAUAAUAAAUGUGAAGCAUCGGUCUAAAUUUAUGAAACCGAGACCGAUAACUUCUACUCUGCAACAAAGGCCUUACAUUCUUCAGAACAGAUUGUUUAUGAUGCAGACAAGAAACGCUUCUAUGGGCCAAUAUGAUGAAUCUAGGCUGAAAGCAGUCAGCACGAGCACUCUUUCGUUAAUGACUAUUCAAAGAAAUGAGAAAGUUACAGAAAACUUGAAAUAAAUCUCAGAGAAUUCUAGAUAGAGAGAUCGAGAGGCAGAAGGUUGACGGUGACUGCUCUUCAAUGCUAUCUAAUACAGUAAAAGAGCUGAAAGCGAUGCGUAGCAAGCUUUCACGUCUGGUUCUAAAUGCUGAUAGAAGUACAGAAGUGCCUGAACUGGAGCAAGAUUCUAAGCAAGCUCAUAAAUCUAAACCAAACCUUCGCUUACCUUCUUCUCCCCAGGAAGUAAAAUCUAAGGCUGAUUUGGAUUAUGAGAAAUAUCUAGAAAUCCGAGGCAAGUCUAAUUCUGACUCAAAAGAAUGCUUAACAGUGAAAAAUGAGAAUAUUGUUAAAAGGAAUAUUCAAAUAGCAAGUCAUUGGAACCACGAAUGUUCCAAAAGGAGACUUUCUCUCCAGAGUAACACAAGAUUUAGAAUAAAGCGAAACAACAAGAAAUAAGAAAUUCAUUUUUAGGAAGAAACUGACGAAGGCUAAAAGAUACAUCAAAAGAUGGGAAAUUGUCAAAAAGGUCAAUGAAAUUCGGAAUAUCGAGAUUAAAUAAAAUCGAAAAGAGGAAACUCUUUGUUGGCGCAUGGAUGCGCUUUGCCUACCUUCAAUUCAUUACCAAGAACAUUGCUGAUAAAUACAACAUUCACCGUGAGAGGGAGAUCAGAAAUUUACGUACAGAUUGGUGCCUGAGACGCAUCUGGAACCAAUUUAAGUCUCGGCAAAAGAAGAAGGGGAGAAUGCUUGAGGAAAGAAAUAACCAGCACAUCCGUCUAGCUCUUUCAUUUACAAUUCCUAGUAUGAAAGACACCGUCCAGUGAAGGAUGAAGCCAGUUGUUAUCAACUUUUUGGAGGAUACGACAAAAUGAUACACUCUUAAAAACAAAAUGCUUUUGUGCUACAGGCAGUUGCUUCAUAUUAAAACAACAAUGACUGGUUCAUGGGAAAACAAGCGAAUUCGUAAAGAAUGGAUGCUCAAAAGAUGGAAGCAAGAAAAAGCAAUUAUGAUGGGAAUUUGCAAAGAAUCAAAGAAGAGAAGCCUCAAGACAAUGAAUAAACUUAUGGUUCAGAUUAGUGAAAGUGUUCGCAAUAAAGUCAUAGAUUUUUAUCUUGACUUUGCUUUAAAUAAGUUCAACUAUAAAUAUUAUACUUGGCGCAAAUAAUUAUCUCCUCAAGCAUAAUAAAGAAUUUACAAUGGAUGCACAACUUAAGGAAGCCUUUGAUAAAUAUAAUGCUUUGGAGACCAUGCUACUUUCGAAUGCUGAGCCUGGAAUUAUAGGUGAAAACUAUUUCUCAAGGUCUCCAACUAAAUCUGGACAGAAGGGUAAAUCUCAGAAUUCUAAAGGUGGAAAGCAGAAAGUGGUGACAAAUUCGAAACCUCCGAAUAGCCCUAGCUUGCCUUCUUUUAAAUUUUUUAACAAGCCACCUCCUAUCAUGAACUCAAAUUUUGAAAAUGAUAUCUUGCCCCAACACUUUUUCACCCCAAACCAAGAGCUUAUGCAGAUAUUGAUUAGAAAAGCGAUACAUGUGAAGCACGAAGACGAGCUUGAUCGCCAGCUGAUACUAGCAAUGAAGUAAGCUCGCAUCAUAGAAGCGAGGGCAGAUAAAUACUACUGACUUUCACAAACAAACAUGCUAGGAUGCUGUUUAUUAUCCCUAUAAUUACAGCAGUCUUAAUACUAUUGCCUUA